AUGAAGGAAGCUGAAAUUUGUUACAGAAGUAAUCCAAAUGAACCAGAGAUUGUUUGUGAAGCACGAAUAUUUGGUGCCCCAAGUUUAUUCAGCUUGUAUAAAUCAAAAGAAGAAAUUGGAAAUAUCAAAAAUGCAAAGAGAGAUGUCUUGUUCUACGAAUCAGAACGUAAAGUUGUAAAAAGAAACACAGAAAACCGAAAAGGCCAAGUUGUUGGAAACACUCAGGGAUCAAUCAAAUUUUGGAAAAGCAAUUAUUCUGUAGACUUUUUAACUUUUAUUCAAGAAAAUGAUAAAGCUUGUGUGGUGAUGGUAUUAGAUUAUGCAGGAUUUACGACCAAUAUGAGUGAUUUGAAGACGAAAACAAUCCCAAAUUACAAAAAAUUAUCAUUGACUUGUAUUUCUACGGAAAUCAUUUCAAAGUUUUUGACAGGGAGUAAUUGUUGAAUAAUGCGAAAGACUUGCAAUUAUUCAACUGUCGUCUUAAUUACAAACAAUGAAGCAAAUAGGCGACUUUACUGAUUUUAAAGUCAUGAUGACGACUCUCCGUGUCAAUAAAUCCAUACUUUUAUUUAUUGAAUUAAAGAGUUUUCUAUCAAAACUGGGCUAAUACUAUAUCUCUUGUAUUUUAAAGGCUCAGAAUCAAUCCUUUCGUUACAAAGUAACAUAGGCUGCAUGGGAUUAUUGUCGUAGCAAACGUCGACAUCUUCAAAACUUUCCAUUCUUUUCAAAAACUUUUUCACGUUAGAUUCGGUGUAUUUAUGGCAAAAAAAUAAAUAAAUAUUGCCUGUUCUCUGGUUAUAUUCUUGGUCAUUAGUUAGCAACCUACGUUGAUUAGGGUUGAUAUUAUUAGAGAAAAAUGGACAGGUUGAAAAAAAAAAAAUUGGGAACUCAUAAG